UAAUUGUUUUUGUCAAUGAUGUAAGCUGUUGUUCUUCUUUUUUAACUUUCUAACUUGAUAGUACUUAAAACUUCACAAAAGCCUGUUCCGAUGUUCAAAUACACAUGAAGAAGAUUAUGCUGAAGUGUUCUGAUUGUAACCAAGAUGUUCCGGAAUGGGAAAUUAUAAAUCUAGACCAACAGUAUCGUGUGCUGAUGAAUUAAAAAAGAAAAUCAGUGAGAGUUAUUCUAUAUUCCGUUCUAGAGUAAUAGAAGAUUUGCGACCAAGAGAUUCAGAUUGGACAGAGCUUCAGCAACUAUGUGCAAAAUGUGAUGUAAAUGAAGUGAAACAAAUUUUAACAGAUGAAAAUGUACUGGAGAAUACUGAUGGAAAUUUUACUCUGCUACACAUAGCAUGUCUGUCUGGAACAAGUAGAUCAUUAGUAGACUUAUUGAUAAAGAGUGGUGUUCAACCAUGUGUUCUGACUAAAAAUCAGUUUGCAGCCAUACAUUUGGCAACUUACAAGGGUGAUAUUGAAUGUGUGCAAUAUUUAUUAGAGCAUGACAAUGUUGAUGUUAACCUACCAGGAAACAGUGGUAUUACUCCUCUACACAUUGCUGCUAUGUGUGGCCACUCUGAGCUUACCAGUCUUUUGCUUGAAAAUGGUGGUUUAAUAAACAAAGGAGAUGCUGUGAAGUUUUCACCACUUCACCUGGCUUGUAAUUUUGGUCAUGACAAGGUUGUAGAACUUCUGAUUUCUUGUGGAGCUGAUAUCAACAUAUCUGGUGGGGUUGGGGACAGACCUUUACAUUUAGCAUGUUCCAAAGGGCAUUUAAAUAUUACCAAGUUGUUAAUCAAUGGUACUUCUAAGCAAAUAGCAGACGUGAAUGUGACAGAUGAUGAGGAGCACAGACCAAUACAUUUUUGUUGUAAAUCAGGACAUCUGAUGGUGCUACAUUAUCUUCUAGAACACCAAGCUGAAGCACAUGGUGAAAAUAUCUAUGGUGAUACUCCACUUCAUUUAGCUUGCUACAACGCCAAAGUAGAAGUUGUUAAACAGCUUGUAUCUCUCACCGGUCCUGAUAGUCUGGUAAAGGAGAACUUGUUUGGUGAAACACCACUUCACAGUGCAUGUACCAAUGGCAGGAGUCUAGAAUUAAUCAAAUUCCUGUUAGAACAACCAGUAGUCAAUAUAAACUGUCAGGGUAAAGAUGGUCACACUGCAUUACACAGUGCUUGCUACCAUGGUCAUAUUAGAGUAGUACAAUUCUUACUAGAAUGGAGAGCAGAUAUGAACUUGGUGGCUCAAAUUGUUGACCAGAAAGAUGGAAAUGAAAAGAUAGAAGAACAAACUGCUUUGAUGUGGGCUUAUGAACAAGGUCAUGAUUCCAUUGUUACACUUCUUAAACAUCAUAAACUACCACAAGAAGAGUCUGCAUGUGGAGACUAUUCACAGCCUGGGGGUGAAGGGUCAUAUGUAUCUGUCCCAUCACCACUAGGGAAACUAAAGAGCAUGACCAGAGAGAAAAUUGAUGUACUUCAGUUACGAGCCACUUUGCCAAGGCAUUUCCAAUUGCAGUUGACAGAUCUGACUUUUCAGGAACCAAUUGGAAGUGGAUCAUUUGGAAAAGUUUACAAAGGGUUGUGUGGUGGUCAAAUUUGUGCAAUCAAAAGAUACAGGGGUAAUUCCUUUGGUGCCAAAUCUGAUGUAGAUAUGUUUUGUAGAGAAGUAGCAAUCCUGUCCAAGCUCAAUAGUCCUUAUGUUAUUAAUUUUGUUGGUGCUACCUUGGAUGACCCAAGUCAAUUUGCAAUUGUAACUCAGUAUGUCAGUGGUGGAUCAAUAUUUAGUAUUAUUCAUGAGCACAAAAGGAUGAUAGAUGUACAGUCCAAAUUAACUAUUGCAAGUGAUGUAGCCAAGGGUAUGAUGUACUUACAUAACUUACCACAACCAAUUAUCCACCGAGAUCUGAACAGUCAUAAUAUACUGCUUGAUGAUGAUGGCCAUGCCUUGGUUGCAGAUUUUGGAGAAUCAAGAUUUCUUAGGUCAACUGAAGAUAAUAUGACAAAACAACCGGGGAAUUUAAGAUGGAUGGCUCCAGAAAUCUUUACUCAGUGCAAUAAAUACAGUAUUAAAGCUGAUAUAUUCAGUUACUCACUAUGUCUUUGGGAACUUCUGUCUGGAGAACUGCCGUUUUCUCAUCUCAAGCCAGCUGCCGCAGCAGCAGAAAUGGCUUACCAUAAUACUCGACCACCGAUAGCAGUUACGUUUCCUAAACCUAUUGUAGCUUUUCUACAGAGAGGAUGGCAUGCUAAUCCAGAGGAUCGUCCAGAAUUUCGUGAAAUAUUGCCAUUUAUUGAAGAAUGUAGAGAAUCUCAAGCAGCUGGAACAAUAAAUAAUACAUCCUCUACUGCCAGUCUGGUGGCACAUUUCACUUCAGCACUACCUCAAAUCAAAGAUGAAGAUUCUGAAGAGGAAGGACGAGCUACGCCCCCUCUAACUGGAACAGUGACUGCACUUAGAACGAAAUGGGAGCUUGAAGCUAAUAGAAACAGCACUGUACCAUUAGAAGAGAUUAGGAGAAGACUUCAGUUUCCCCAAAUAGACAAAAAUGGUUAUGUAUCAGAUCCACUUAGUACUCUUCGACUGCCAGUAACUUUGCCAAUGUCUGACUCUUGCAGUGAUAUAAGUAGUGCCUCUACCACAUCCAGUAUAACAUAACAGAACAGGAAGCCUUUUAGAUAUGGAGUAUUUUUCUUCAGAUACCAUGAAUCCACAUGCCAUGCAUUAACAUUCUUUUCAAGGAUAUAUUUAUUGACUAUUGCAUGUUAUAUUGAUGUUUUGAUUGAAUCUCUUGUGAAAUCAUUGUAUGGGCAUUAUCAGACUAUUCAAAUGAUACCUCAGGUUGAUAGAAUUUUUUUUGUCAUUUAUGAAAUCCCACGUUAAGAUUGUGUACGGGCAUUAUAGAUAUAAGUAUUGUUUUUAGUCACCAGUAAAUGCAAAAUACAUUAAUUCUAAUUUAGAUUUUACACUAUUUUUUUGAUAAUUUCCUUGUGGUCACUUCAGUAGACAUCCAGAUUUGUUGUUCAUUUUCAGACAAUUUUGAAAACAUUGUGGUAUUCAUAUAGAUGAGAGCCUCUGAAUAUACUAAAAUAUACUGAGUAAAUUUGAUCACUCAUGUUUAUUUACACAAUAGUCUCUUUUAUUUAUAUUUAAAUAUGGUGCUGAACAUUAUAACAGAUAUUUUUACUGACAAUUGGCUGAAAGGCUGAACAGUAUUAUUGUUGUUCAGUGUCUACCAGAAGGCUUAAAUCAAAAUGGUCAUUUCAGUUCAAAAUCUGUUUUAGUACAGCAUACUUACUAGAGUGUGUACAAAAGAAUUUGUUUAGUAUACUUUUUUGUUAGAUGGACCAACAUUUUUUUCUAAGGUCCAUAAAAACUAACGUUUACUGAAGAAAAAGCAUAUUCACAUCUGCCUCUGAAGAAGGUCCAUGAAGGACUGAAACUGGUUGUGCUUUGAAUCAUCACUCGGUGCUAUUAAUCAUGUGUUUUGGCACUACCUACUCUUUAUUUGUCAUAUACACAUAUUUAUGACAAAAUUUGAAUGUGAAACAAAGUUAAUAUGUUUACAUAACAGUUUCAGACUUGUGAAAAUGUAAUGUCAGAACCUUAACCAAUCAUGUAUAUAAUAGAUAUUUUUACCUUACAAAACAGUUUUUCAUGACAAGUGUCAUAGAUGAAUUGGUAUCAUCAGAUACAUUUUUUGAUUAUUCAAAAGAAAUAUUCAGAUAAAAGCUGAUAGACAACAUAAAAAAACAUUCAGUCCUAUAAUUGACAAACAUAUUCAACUGGGAGAGCAUAUAGUCAUCCUCAAAGUCAAAGUACUGUGAUUUCCAUUUAAAAUACACAAAAGUGGCAACAUGCUAUUUAUAACAGAAAAGAUACUUAUUGACUAAAAAUGUGCAAAAAAUACCUGCCAAAAGACAGGGUGUGGUAAGGGCAUUAUUUGGCUGAAAUGAGAGUUCUUGAUCUAAGGUUUAAGAUUUCCAUUUAUGUUCAUUUUUAAGUUGAGAUAAUACAUAUCUAAAACAAGUAGGUUAUUAUUCCUGAAUCCAUAUUAAAUCCAAGUGAUGACAUCAUACUGCUUUUAAAAAAUUUUGAACACACGAAAAUAGAGUGCAUGGAAGAAGUUGCUGAUUAGUUUACAGCAGUGUUUUUCUAUACAAGCAACAUGUAUCAUAAAAAUAUCUUUUGAUCUUAAAAUCAUAGCCAAUAAAGAGCUUUAACCUCCCACAUGCCAAAUAAUUAUUUUUAUGCAAAAAUCACAUGAUUGUAUAAUUUUUUAGACCAAAUAUGGCAAUAGCACAUACUUCUUUUUUAGUCAAACUAAAUUCUUACCUCAUAACCACAGAUAAUUAUUUAUGCCUUAUUAAGAUUCAUUAUGUGAUAAAAACAUUAAACAGUUGGUCAAGUGCCCCCAGCAUCACUAGUUGAAAUAGAAUGUGCAUCCCAGGUAACACAUAAGGGUCAUUUUCAGAUCUAUGAAUGAUAUUAGUAGUUCUUCAUUACAUAAUCAAAUAUAACAUAUUGUGGUUCGUUAUUAAAUCAAUCAAAGUCAUGCUAUAUCUUGAAAAAGUAAUCUUCAGCAUUAUAGUAGUGUUAGCAAUUUACAAAGUGCCAAGUUAUUUUUUAAAAUCAUGAAAUAAAAAUCAUGGAAAGAAUAAAGCUUAUUUAUGCAAUAUAA